UUUAAUCAAACAAACCAUCAUUUCAUUUCCGGUUGUUUGUUUUUCGAGUCAGCGGGAAAGAAUUGAAGAAAAAGAAGUUUCUGACGAAGAAAAUGGACAGUAAGAAAAGUCAGGUUUAAAUUUAUGAUCAACAACUCGAAAUGAGCUCAGCAAGCAAGGUGGGAGAGAUAUUUACUGCUGCCGGAGCAGCAUUCAGUAAGCUCGGGGAAUUGACGAUGCAACUUCAUCCAUCAGCAGAACCAAGUCCAGCAAGUGGAAAAUGGACAGAUCAAGAGGUGGAAGCUUUAAGAGCAUCAGUACGAAGGUUUGGAGAAGAUCUCAAUAAAAUCAGUGAUGUUAUAAAAAAUAGGACAACUACUCAGAUUCGUACGCAGUUGAAACGUAAGGCAUAUGAAGAUGCUGGGCUCCCUCCCCCAUCUGAACCUUCACCUAAGAAACAGAGUUCACAAAAACAACAGCAGCAACAACAAGCUGUAGAACAACAGUCAGCAAAGAAACAAGAAAGAAGAGAAGUAACGCUGAGUGCAUUGAAUGCUCCUGAAAGUGAUGUUGAUAUCGAAGGACUAGGAGAGGCUGGUGGUUCAAAGAAAUUAGACUUUGAUUCAGAUCUAGAUUCCAGUUUGUUAUGACGCGGAAAGAGAAGAAACUGAUGGCACAUUUUUUUUGUGGUGAAGUCUAUGAAAUAAUUCUAAAGGACACUUCAGAGAGGAGAUACUUAAUCGUUUUGUCACAAGAAUAAAAUGGCUGUUGCCAGACAGUUUGCACUACUAUGUAAUGUAAAAUCUUGUGUUAACAGAGAACCAUUAGGUUUCUCUGAAUAAAGAAGUUGUUCAUCUGCUUUACCACAGGUAUUUUUUUCAGAAACAGUUCUGCUUAUACUCGCACCAUCAA